UAAAUAGAGGUAAAUGAAAAUGCGAUGUGGAAAUUGUGUUGCAGGGAAUUUUUGAUGGAGAAUUUGGAAUUGUAAUUGAAAGCAAAUUCUUUUCUUCUUCAAAACCCAAAUUUAGUCCCAACAACACAAAUACAAAACUCACCACCACCACCCCCACCCCCACAUCUUCUUCGUCCCCUCAGGGAAGCACGUGCAUCACCACCUCCAUUCUCUCUCUCUCUCUUUCUCUGUUCGAAUAGAUACAAAUUCAAAACGCUUUCUUCUUCUUCUUCUCUCUCUUUUUUUUUUUUUUUUUUUUUUUUUUUUUUUUUUUUCUGUACAAUCUGAGAAUAUCCAUAGGCAAGGAGGAGGAGAGAGAGAGAGAGAAGCAAGAGAAAAAAAGAGCUCCAUGUGAGCGAUCCAAAUGCACCCAUAUAACCGGCUACCGAGUAGCGGCCACAGCACCCCAUCGCCACCUCCGUCGCCGCUCCGGUCCCCCCGGUUACGCCACGGCCGGUCCAAGGCCGGUCGGUUUAACCCGCCGGGUCGGACCCUUCUGCAGCGGCUCACCUGGCACAUCCUCUCUGUACUUAUCCGCCGCCAGGGCGUUUUCUUAUUUGCUCCUCUCCUUUACAUAUCCGGCAUGCUCCUUUACAUGGGUUCUGUCUCAUUCGAUGUUGUCCCCGUGAUUAACCAUCGUCCUGCCCCUGGUUCCGUUUACCGGAGUCCUCAGCUUUAUGCCAAGCUCCGACCCGAGAUGGAUUCUGAUAACUCCUCCGCCGAUGCGAUAUCAACCAUAUGGAAACACUCUUAUAAAGGUGGGGAGUGGAGACCAUGUACAAACAAGUCCUCUGGAGGCUUACCUGAUUCAAAUGGUUACAUAUAUGUUGAGGCAAAUGGUGGCUUAAAUCAGCAGAGAACUUCGAUUUGUAAUGCAGUUUCAGUGGCGGGCUAUCUUAAUGCGACCCUUGUUAUUCCCAACUUUCAUUUUCAUAGCAUCUGGAGAGAUCCUAGCAAAUUUGAUGAUAUUUAUGAUGAAGAUUAUUUCGUCAGUACCUUAGAAAAUGAUGUCCGGGUGGUUAAUAAGAUCCCGGAAUACCUAAUGGAGCGGUUUGAUCACAACUUGACGAAUGUUUACAACUUCAGAGUAAAAGCAUGGUCACCAAUUCAAUAUUAUGGUGAAGCAGUUCUCCCGAAGCUGCUAGAAGAAAAGGUCAUACGUAUUUCCCCUUUUGCAAAUAGGUUGUCAUUCGAUGCUCCUCCUGCUGUUCAAAGGCUUAGAUGCUUGGCAAAUUAUGAGGCUUUAAAAUUUUCAAGUCCUAUAUUAACUUUGGGAGAAACUUUGGUUGCAAGAAUGAAAGAACGCAGUGCAAAAUACGGUGGCAAAUACGUUUCUGUACAUCUUCGCUUUGAGGAGGACAUGGUUGCUUUUUCUUGUUGUAUAUUUGAUGGUGGAAAGAAAGAAAAGGAAGACAUGGAUGCAGCAAGGGAAAGGGGUUGGAAGGGGAAAUUUACAAAACCUGGCCGGGUUAUACGUCCUGGAGCAAUCAGAAUAAAUGGAAAAUGUCCUCUUACUCCUUUAGAGGUUGGGUUGAUACUAAGGGGAAUGGGCUUUGAUAAAAGCACAUUUAUCUAUCUAGCAUCUGGAAAGAUAUACAAUGCUGAGAAAAAUAUGGCCCCACUUUUGGAAAUGUUUCCAAAUUUGCAGACCAAGGAAAUGCUGGCUUCAGAGGAGGAACUUGCACCCUACAAGAAUUAUUCUUCCAGGAUGGCUGCCAUAGACUACACUGUUUGUCUUCAUAGUGAGGUAUUUGUGACAACUCAAGGUGGAAACUUCCCUCAUUUUCUCAUGGGCCACAGAAGAUACUUGUAUGGUGGACACUCCAAGACAAUCAGGCCUGACAAACGGAAGUUAGUGUUACUCUUCGACAAUCCCAAUAUAGGAUGGAGAAGUUUCAAGCGACAACUGCUGAAUAUGCGGUCUCAUAGUGAUUCCAAAGGCCAUGAGAUAAAAAGGCGAAAUGACUCUAUUUAUACCUUUCCCUGCCCGGAUUGCAUGUGCCGUGUGAACAAGACAGAAGAUACAAAAUCAUCAUCGGCACCGUGAUUACAUGAGGAUAGUUUGAUUGGUGUUCCUUGUACCUGUAAUUUUGAGCACAUCUUGCUGCUGACCACCCACCCACCCCCUCCUCUUUUUGUGUUGGAAUUCUUUGAUUUUUUCCCCCCCUUUCCCAACGGCGGAGAGGGCAUACACUCAAAAUUUUGGGAGCUUCCAAGGAUUUUGUUGCAGGUCACAUUGAUCUGAUUAUUUUCCCGGGAUUGGAUAGCGGGGUUGCAGGACAAGAACAUAGCAACGAGGCCAUAUUUCCAUUGCAGGAGCUUCCCGGGUGUUGACUAAAAGGAUUGUUUUAUAUUUGAAGUAGCAGCUGCUGUAUCUAACAAGCUGUGUAUGACACCAAAUUCAUUCAUAGCCUGGUUUUGUGGUGUUGUAGAUUAUUUGGACUUUGGUUCCUUUGUGAAGUAGAAUCUAAGUUGGAUCGUUGUAUACAUUUGACCCAAAAUCAGGGUAUUCAUUUUUUUUGUUUUUUUUUUUGUUUUCCUCUUUUCUUUUUGGUCUCUCUCUUCAUGUCAUUUUUAUACCUUGUCCAUUUUGAGGACAUUAUACUUCACUCCGGUGAGAGCUGUAAUUUGUGAUUUUAGGGGGCACGAAUGUAAUUAUAGCUGGCUACUAAAAUUUUCUAACGUCACUGCCCAUUUUUGGUGUGUUUGGCUUAUGCUUGUCCCUUAUUAAUGAAGCACCUCAAUAUAAUUUGCUUUGCGUUUC